AUGUUCGCAGAAAAAGCUAGACAUGAAACUAUCUGGACGAUAUUACGCGUUUUUCAUUAUACGGAUAGCCUGAGUCUGAAAGACAGUUUCUUACACCCAAAAUUCGAAGUCCCACCUAAUGCAUCAGCAGAACUUUCUCCCCUUGGGUAUAGGUUUUUCGUAGACCUUUUCCUCCUUUUUGAUAAAGAUAAUGACGGGGGACUCAACGGAGAUGAAUUGGCAGCGCUUUUUGCCCCCACUCCCGGUCUUCCUGCAUCAUGGGUUGAUCCCUCGUUUCCAUCCUCUACGGUCAGAUCUGAAGCCGGACAUAUCACUCUUCAAGGGUGGCUAGCCCAAUGGAGCAUGACAACUUUUCAGGAUCCUAAAAUGACUCUAGCUUAUCUGGCGUACCUGGGAUUUGAAAGCGGUGAGAGGGGUGGUACAACUGCCGCGCUCAAAGUCACUAAACCGAGGAAGAGGCGGAGGAGACAAGGGAGAGUUCACGUGGGAGCGGGAAGCUCAAUAUUAGAUGCAUUUCUCAAUAGGCCUUUUGAUUCGACAUAUCACCCCACAAUCAAGCCGAGAACCGCCGUCAACAGUGUAGAACUACAAGGGGGUAAGCAAUGCUAUCUGAUAAUUGAAGAACUAGGCGAACUAGAACCCGCAAUUCUGGAAAAUGGAGCGAAAUUGAAUUCUUGUGAUGUCGUGUGCUACACCUACGACUCGUCUGAUCCAGACAGCUUUGCACAUAUAGUUGAUCUACGAGCUCGGUAUCCGCAACUCGACGAGCUUCCGGCGGUAUAUGCAGCCCUAAAGGCGGACCUGGAUAAGACAACCCAAAGAGCCGAAAUCCAGCCGGAUGUUUAUACACGUGAGAUUGGCAUGUCAGCGCCUUUACAUGUGAGCGCCUCUUGGACAUCCAUAUCCGAGCUUUUUGUCAUGGUCUCCGAGGCUGCAUUAUUCCCCAAUAAUGCUUACCCUCGAACUGAACCUGAAUCAGCAGACAGAACCAAUUUCUAUAUUGUUGCCGGAGUGACAGUGUGUACUGUAAUGGCAUUGUUGUAUGUUUGGAAAAGGACCAAUCCAGGAUAG